AUGGCAACUGAUUGGCGCGAACUAUCCCGCGUGUCACUCCCAAGCCCUGCACGGGCCAGCAGCCCCAGUUCGUCACAGUCCCAGCCUCCGCAGAAGAACAGUCUCGCUUGUGAACGGUGCUUCAAGCGGAAACAGAAGUGCGAUAAAUUGCGUCCGGCGUGUACUUCAUGUGCAGAUCUUGGCGUUGAUUGCAUUGCUCGGUCUCAGCAGUUUGACUUUAAUGCUGAGGAUACUACUUUGACGCACGCAAGAGUCAAUGGUUACGUUGAGUCUCUAAGACGUCGUGUUGCUGAACUUGAAGAAAAGAUAAAGGUUGCCGAGCAAAAACAUGUUCAAGCCAGACAUACUUCCUUUGGCACAGCAGAUGCUGUUUCGCCCAUCAAUGGAAAACGCCGACGCUCAAAUUAUGGAUCUAUCUCAUCUGCCCCAGUGAAUGAACAGACCGCUGCCAAUGGGGAGGAGCAGUCAAGUGUCCAAGACACCAUGAGCGCCAUCGGCCUCUUGUCUAAUAAGGCCAUGGCGGAGUCUCGAACGAAUACAGGUGAUAGGCCACACAAACUCGCCAUCAUCGAGUCAAUAUCGGCAGCCUUGGCUGUAGAUGGUCGAGAUCCUUCGAAGGCUUCGUCAUCGCAACCGGUGUAUGUGAUAGACGAACAGCUCAUCCCACUUACACGUGAGUUGACACUGAGUCACUUCCAGCGGUUUCUGGACUGGAGCGUAUGGCUCCCCCAUAUUGAUGAAAACCGCUUUUUUGAGCAGUACGAAUCCGUACUGGAGACGAGCAACCAAGCAAUAGGCAUCAGCAUGUCACCUGAUGCUGGUCGCCUUUCAUCACUGGCUACCAAUCUACAUGCUGCAGCUGUUAAGCUGUUGCCCUACAUUCUGCACUCCCAAGAGCCCCUAGACACCCUGCACUGCAUGCUUUUGCUUGCAGUCUUCUCAAUGUUUAGUGCCUCAGGUGGAUCAACGUGGCACCUCAUGGGCUUCAUCAUGACGAAUUGCAUUGCCGCAGGCUUGCACAAAACUGUACCGCCAAGGAACACAUCAGAUUCUGAGGGCACGUAUCGGAUUGAGUGGCUAUUUUGGAGCGUGUAUCUUUGGGAUAGGUCUCUAUCAUCUGUGAUGGGUAGGCCAUUUACUAUUACUGAGGUUGACAUCUCUGUUGCAGUACCAGACAUAACAGAAGAUGAGACUGCCUCAGGGUCAGCCAAGAAUAAACUCGCUUGGAGCAAGCAUCUUGUCACCCAUGCACAGCUUAUCUCAGAUAUACUUGGAAGUCACCAGCCUAACGCACUCUUUUCCUACAGUAACCUCUGCUUCUGGCGAGAGUUUCCCCCACAAGCCGGAGGCACUACUACCCCAACAAAUCUUCAGUUCGACUACCUGGACCAGUUAGCAUGCAGGGCACUGAUCCUCAUGGUCAGACCAAACAACCAGAGCCUGACAAACUCGGAAGUCCAUGCUGAGAGUGACGGCGAGGUGGAAGCCGAUACGAUCAGUUGCUGCAAGGCACUCAUCGAGAAACUCUAUAGUAGGUCUGGGAGCGGCACCACGGUAUCUUUCCUAGACGCAUAUGAUAUCUUGGCAGCUGCUGUGGCGUAUGUCUGUCUGGUUCAGCACGCACCACAGCCGAACCAAACAGGCUUGACGCAAACGUUCGAGGUAGUGAGCAAGGCCUCUAUACUUCUCACACAGUGCUCAUCCAAGUUCUCCGCAUUGAGCAUCUUCCAGCAGUUUCUCCUGUCACUGUCUACCAAGAUGAUGGAGGGACAGGGCAGCCUGCAGAAUUACCAGGACUUCAUACCCCCCGAAAUCCCAAGUCAUCUACGUCGUAUAGUGCAGCGCUUUUCCUCAUCAGGAGCAAUCAGUAACUCGCUUUGA